ACCACGUGCUUCGUAUUGUAACAACUGUAAUUGUGAAGUUCUGAGUCACACGUAUACAAACGUCAAUUUUAUUAGCUGUCGGAAAUUGAAAAAAGUUCUUCAUAACGGACCAUGAUUAGGAAUUUACUUGACAGAUCAAAAGAUUGUUAUAAGUGAGUAACAUAAAUAAAACGUCGAAUAAUUCAGUGAUGAAUUACAUCUACGAGAGAUGUUAGUUACUUGACAGUAAAAUUUUAUAUUAAAUAGAAGAUUUUAGAAUACAGCAUUAGAUUACGCUCGAACUAGUAUAAGAUAUUUCCUAUUUCUUUUUGUCAAGGCGGUAUGGUCCUUUGGGCCUCUUUGCUUGUACUUCAUGGAGCUUGCAUUGUCGGUUCAUCAACCGGAAUGAUUGGAAUGCCAGAAAACAUCACCGUUAUGUUUUUAAGUCCAACUUCUGUUCGUGUUUCAUGGAGCACUAAUCAUACAGACCAUGUUGAGAAAUACGACGUCAUUUAUAAACCAACAGAUGCCAGUUACAGGGUAGUUGCUGUAGUAGCUGGUAAUAGUGAAGCUAUCACACUUGGUAAUCUCCGAUCUAAUACUCAAUACCAGUUAGUUGUUACUGCUGUUAAAGAUAACAAAAAACUGCGAAGUCGACCUAUCGUCUUCCGUACACUCGAACCUACCAAACCGCAUUUACAAGAUGUUAGCAUAAAAGCAUCUUCACCUCUACCGCCUCUUCAGCAACAAAGAACAUACAUUCAGAUUCGAGCAGUCGAAGUUGGCUUGGUUUUACUUGCUCUGGUAGUAUGGGCUGGAGCAAUUGCUCUAUUUUUCAAUCGUUGGGGAAAAAUAAGAAUGCUCUUGCCAUACCAACCAGAUUUCAAAGAUCAACUAAAAGUACCAGGUACAGGUGUAUGUAAUUCAUCUAAUACAGGACAUAAUCACAGCACAGGACAACCCACUUGCCCACAGCAUUCGCACUGCUCAAAUCAUCAUAUUGAUCAUGAAGAGAAAUCUGCAAAAAAUAACAAUUUUAGAAUAUCUAGAUCACGCAUUAAUAGUGCAAUUGAUGUCACUGGAGUCAUAUCACAGCGUGGAUUUGCAUCACAACUCUACAGGAAAGUUCACAGUGCAGAUAAUAUUCGUUUUUCUUUACAUAAUAAUCAUGAUUCGGAAACUCAAAUUAACGAUUUAAAUUCUAAUGAAAUAAAUUGUUGUCAAGCCUUGAGUGAACGAAAUAAACAGGAUCAAAAUAUAGAUGUCAGUUUGCCACCAAAGAAUUAUAGCAAUCACAAUUUUGUUUUCUUCAAUGCUGAGUCCAACUUCAUUUCCCUUCCAAAUGAAAUGAAUGGAUGUUACAGGACCUCUUAUGAAAUAAAUAAUUGUCAUACUAAACAUUUGGAAAUUUCUGUGAAUCCACAAACAUCACUUGAUGAAUACCAAUCAAAUACGAAGAAACUUCCUUCUGAUAUCUCCGAAAGCUCUACCAAUGUUGGAAAUGAAUCAUUUCAGAAGGAUACAUUAGAAGUUGCUCAACAGAAAAAUUUUGGAUUGCCAAUUUUAAGCGUUUCAGAACCAAGUCCAUUAAACGAAGUGGCAGAUAUUGAAAGCUGCUUUUGAAGAUUUAUUAUAGUUAUUGGUUCUAACAGUACAAAUAUUUUUUAUCAUAUUGUUAAUCCUUCAUUAAUAGUAAGAUUGUAUCCAUUAUACUCAUUUUAUCAAUGUCUUUCAAAAAAAAAGAUUUCCGUAGGAAUUUCGUGCCCUUCUCUACAAGUACCACUUGGAAUUUCUUAUGCAC